GUAUUAAUUGAUCCGUUUGUCUCAAAUCUAUUCAUCAUAUGUUAAUGACGUCUGUCAUCUGCUGGCGUCAAAAUGCCAUCUAAUGAAUAUGAAUACUGUACAUGUGUAAUAAUAAACCUUUUAACCCCCCCCCCCCUCCCCAAAAAAAAUAAAAUAAAAAUAAACAUAGCUAGAUCCUCGAGAUUAAAAAUGUUAGUUAAAUUAUUCUUAGUCUAUGUUUUAAAAAAAAAAAAAAAAACUGAUCAGCAUCAGGUUAUUGUCAGGCAGGGUGACCACACUGCCACCGCCUGCGUACACUCGUGGGAUUGUUUCGUCAGUAGUCACGUGAUCGGAUGUGACGCCAUUGCCAGUUUUUGUUUUCCUGUUACAGUGAACCGAUGACGUUGUUUUCCGCGCAGAGAUGAGCUCCUGUCUGCGGGGGGAGGAGAACUUCCGUCGGUGCUGUCAGAGCCUCCUGAAGAUGUCUGAUCAGUUAGGAGAUGGCUGGAGUUGGGAGCCUGUCCAGGGUUCAGAGGAGGGCUACAUGAGAAAGACUGCCCUCAGGUCAGUCUUCAUGGAGUCCACGGCUACAUGGAACGGCGACAGCUCAGAGGGUGCUGCGGCCGAUGAAACGGGCGUUUAUGGCACAAAUGAUGACUGUGAUCAUGAAUAUGAAUAUGAAGAAGGUUUCAUGUCAGGAGGCAGCAGUCAUGUGCUUUGCUAUGAGUAUCACAUCCUGUACUCCUGCAGCUACAUGACCCCUGUGCUCUAUUUCAGAGCCUCCACUUUAGAUGGGAGGAGUCUUUCUCUCGAUGAAGUUUGGAGUUCUGCUCAUCCAAAUUUCAGGUUGCGACUGCAGCACAGCCCGUUGACAACUAUCACACAACAGGAGCAUCCUCUGCUAGGUCAGCCUUUCUUCAUGCUCCAUCCCUGUAGGACAGAGGAAUUUAUGAGACCAGUACUGCAGUUAGGGACAGGGCAACAAAGGGAAGUGAAUUACAUUUUGACAUGGCUCAGUGUGGUCGGCCCUCUGGCGGGUUUGGAGGUUUCCCUGAAGUAUUCCACCCUGCAGCCUCAACUUACUGAGCCCGAAGCCGCUCGGCAGCCCUCUUCACCGUCAUGACUGCGGAGGUCACUCAGAGCCAAAUCCACCGUCACGCUGCAGCGCAAUGUGCACGAACCCGUGUUUCGCAUCCGUCGGCCGUUGUUAACCUGGAGACUCAGUAAGUGGUCAAUUGUAUUCAUUAGGGGUGUCCCGAUCCGAUCUUUGAGAUCGGAUAUCGGGCCGAUGUCAGCAAAAAAAAAAAAAGUUUCGGAUCGGAUUGGGACUGGAUCUCCGAUUCUACCACUCUUAUACAAGCAGUCCAUUCCGGGCUGGGCUUCAGCACUUCUGUCCGGCAGCGCCCGGACAGCAUGCGGAGCCCACGUGAUCGCAACAACACGUUGCUAAGGUGCUAACAUAGUAGCAAGGUGGCUAGCUUAAAGUUGUGGAUCGACACUCCGGUUGAAGUUCACUGUAAAACUAAGCUUCCGUCGGAAAGGAAUUACACCGAUUGAUUGUUCAAAUGCAUCACAUACUUAGUUUUUCCUUUGUUUUUGUUCACAGAAAUCGCUCGCCCAAAGCUAACACACGAUGGAUGAAAACAAAAUUUGCAUCAAACUCGCGACACUUCUCUCUCAAAAUAAUGAAUAUUCGUACACAAAAGCUGUAUGAAACACAUACAAACAGACAAUAUAACAAUACUCUCAAGCAUAUACUGUGUUCUUCAAACUGUGAAAAAUGGGUUAUAGUAACAAUAUUCGACGAUCAUAACUUCUACUUUCUUUGUGUAUGAACCCAACUGUUUUAUAAUAAAUAUUCAUU